UUCUCGCAUGCACCGUUCCGCCAGAAAAACCGCGGAAAAAAUUGCGGUAUCUGUCAAUUUACGUUAUCGUAUGCUAAAGGUGUUCUACAAUAUUGAAACAUAAUGGGUCGUGGAUGGUGGAGAAACAGUAGUAGCUGGGGCUGGAAGAAAAGGCGGUCGUGGGGUUCAAGCUUUCCCAAAUACAACUAUGACCAAGAUGACUCUUUCAUUGAUCAGAUGCUGGCAGAGCGAUAUCGAUUGGCAUUGCUUGAGAGGGACCAGAUACUAGGAACUUCAUCACAGGCAAGUCAGUCAGUGGUUGAUGAUAACGAUGAUGAUGAAAUGGGUCGUGAUGACUUGGAUGACGAAAUCUGUUUUGGAUCCCUGCGUGGAAAUAUCGUGGGCUUGCAGUAUUAUUCAGGAACUGUCAACAAAAAAGAAAUGGUUGCAUUGGAGAGGGAGCCCCAGAAUCGUUAUGAUAUAAAUGCUAUCAAAGUGAAAAAUGUUGGCAAUGUACAAGUCGGUCAUAUAAAAAGGGAGCUAGCUAAACCCCUUGCUUUUAUUAUGGAUAGAGGAUUGGCAAGACUUGAAGGAGUUGUACCUUUUGGAGCCCAAAACAUGUAUUCCAUGCCUGUAGAAAUUAGUCUGUGGGGCAAGCCAGAAAACCAACAAGCUUCAGUUGACAAGUUGAAGAAAUCUGGUUUUUACCUGACUGGUGGGACACAGCCGGCAACCAGCAAUGGAAGUGGGGCCUCAUCAUCACUUGGAGCUACUGAUUAUGCCUUUGCUGCAAUACAACCAAGACGGACUUACCUGACACCUGCAGAGGUAAAGAAUGAACUGGACAAACUGUUUGAAAACAUUCAGGAGGGAGAUAAGACAAGUCUGGCUGAUCCUGCCCAGGCAAUAGCCACACCACUGUACCCCCACCAGAAACAAGCUUUAAACUGGAUGAUCAAGAGAGAGAACAGUGCCACACUGCCACCUUUCUGGCAGGAAAGAAAUGGAAGAUACUUCAAUACUGUACUCAAUUUCACGAGCAACACAAGACCAGAGAGUGUUAGAGGAGGGAUACUAGCAGAUGAUAUGGGUCUUGGUAAAACUCUAGAAAUGAUCACCUUAAUUGUGACAAACUUUGUGGAUAACAAUCCACUAGCUAAUCCUGUUGAAGGUCUUGUCAGGCAGUCUAAAGCGGAUAAAAUGGCUUUACAGAAAUCUAAGAUGCUUCCAACAAGUAGCAGUGUGAAUACAUCAGUGAAGAGAACUCAGAUAAAGCUGGAGAAAGUGAAGUCACUGUCUUGUCAUACAGAGAAACACUUCCUGUCUGCUGUCAUCUCACCUGAUAACAUUGACACACCAGCAUUGCCUAGUCUGCCCGAUGAUGAAGAGGCUAUAGAAAUUUCAGAUGAUGAUGAUGAUGACGAAGAGGAAGAGUUAGCUGGAAUGCCCACAAUUGAUGAUAAAACAAUGCUCAGGAAAGAUGACCCAGAUUUUAGUCCUGUGGUUAAAAAGAAAGCAAAGAAAACAAAAGCCAAAGAAAACGUAACUCCGGAAGAAACAUCUGCAUUGCGGCCUAGAAGGAGUGUAAAAAGACCAGCAAGAUACACAUAUAGUAGUGAGGAAGAUGAGGCAAUCAAUGAUGAAACACCAAAGAAAAGAGUGAAAGAAAAUGUUCUGAGAAAGACAGUCAGUAACUCGGCAAAAGGGAAAGCACCAUUAACUGGAAAAAAGAAGGUGAAAAAGGGCAAACCAAAGAAAUGUCUGCUUGAAGAUGAGCAGAAACAAGAGGACAGUGUAGAAAACUUAAAAGACAAUACAAAUAGGCAUACAGGUACAGAAGAAUCAGCUUCCAUGUUGAAAGAAUCAGCUUCCAGUUUGGAAGAUCCAGCUUGCAAGUCAGAAGACCCUGCUCCUAAAGUAGAAGAUCCAGUUUCCAAAUCCGAAUCUGCUGUUGUACAGACAGCAGCAAAUACAGGUGCCGGACCAGCAGACAUGAUGAGUGUUCCAGUCUUUAACAGUUUACAGCCUGAAGCUGCCGAAGCUGUAAAAAAGAUGUCUGACAGAAUAAAAGAGUUGGAGGCACUUUUGUCCAGCCAGCAAGUCCCAGCCUCACAGCCUAUCCAGGUGGGAUCUCAAGAUCUUACUAAUACCUCGGCUACACAACCAUCAGAAUCUUCUGUCCCAGCGGUACAAGCUCAGUCAGUUGUAAUAGAUACAGUUACAAUCAAACAGGAGUUGUCAAAAACCAGUAUUACAGUUACUGAGACUGGGGAUCAUAAAAUGAAAGAUGCAUGCGAUGACCUUCCAGACCUUGAUGAAAUUCUCUGUACAAAUGUAGAUGAAUUACCAGAUAUACAAGCAGUAACUGAGAGUGGAGACACUAGCAUAGCUGACUGCAUUAUAUCAUCUGAAACAGUUCUCCCGUCCAACUACACAAAAGCAGAGAUGCGAGAAACAGGGGAGAGCACUGGGCGAGCAGCUUCUGCAGGACCUAGAUGUACAUUGAUUGUCUGCCCCUUGUCAGUCCUUAGCAAUUGGCUGGACCAACUGGAUGACCAUGUGCACCGCAACGUUCACUUGAGUAUAUACCUGUACUACGGGAGUGGUAGAACCAAGAACAGUAACCUGCUGGAGAAUCAGGACGUUGUUAUAACAACUUACUCAACAGUUUCUGCAGAUUUCAAGAAAGGUGUCAGGAACCCCCUUAAGAAGGUGAAAUGGUUGAGGAUUGUCCUAGAUGAAGGCCAUGCCAUUAAGAAUCCUUCUGCACAGCAGACAAAAGCCAUUCUAGAACUUGAUGCACAGAGAAAGUGGGUGUUGACAGGAACACCAAUUCAGAACUCAAUGAAAGAUCUAUGGUCAUUGAUAAACUUCCUGAAGGUAAAUCCGUUCACAGACAAGCAGUGGUGGAGACGGACAAUAGAGAGGCCACUGGAGAAGGGAGAUGAAAGUGCUCUCAAGAGAGUACAACAUUUGAUGGGUCACCUGGCUUUAAGGAGAACAAAGACCCAGGAAGUGAAUGGCAAACCAUUGGUAGAGUUACCAGAGAGAAAAGUUUAUAUUGAACAUGUGAAACUAUCUGAAGAUGAGAAAAAGGUGUAUGAUUCAAUGCAGAAUGAAGGAAAGCUGAUAGUCAGCAAGUAUUUCAAGCAAGGAACAUUGCUGCACCAUUAUGGAGAUGUACUUGCCAUUCUGAUGAGACUGAGGCAGCUCUGCUGUCACCCGUUCCUAGUGGCAAAGGCCGCACAGGCUGUCAAAGACACCAUAGCUGAGAUAGACCGUAAUGGUGGUGUGAUCAAUGAUGAGCUUCGACAGAAGUUGAUAGACACACUGAUCAUGGUUCUAAGUUCAGGCACAGAUGAGGAAUGUGCUAUUUGUUUGGACUCCUUGAAAUCACCUGUGAUAACACACUGUGCUCACGUAUUCUGCCGACCUUGCAUAGAAAGUGUGAUAAAAAAUGAAAGGCCAAAUCCAAAGUGUCCAUUAUGUAGAGGUGCAAUAGAAGACAACAAACUGUUGGAGGUGCCUCCUGAGGAGAUACAAGGUGAAAGUGGAGACAGCAAUUCUAUAGCAGCUGACACGUGGAAAUCUAGUGCUAAGGUUGAUGCUUUGAUGAAUGGAUUGUUGAAGUUGAGGUCUGAGGACCCCAGUGUCAAGAGCAUUGUCGUCUCUCAGUUCACCAGCCUGCUGACCCUGCUUGAGAUCCCCCUACGGACUAAUGGCUUCAACUUUGUCAGGCUUGAUGGUACAAUGAGUACUAAAGCUCGUACCCGGGCCAUUGAGGAGUUUUCAGAUCCAAGUUCCGGCUCGCCUACCAUAUUUCUGUUGUCACUGAAAGCAGGAGGUGUUGGUAUCAAUCUUACUGCUGCAUCAAGAGUCUUUCUUAUUGACCCUGCAUGGAAUCCAGCAUCAGAGGAGCAGUGUUUUGACAGAUGUCACAGACUUGGACAGACAAAGGAUGUAAUUAUUACAAAGCUUAUUGUUGAAGACUCAGUGGAAGAAAGAAUGAUGGAACUACAAGAAAAGAAGAGACAGUUGAUGCAGGGCGCCUUCGGGCAGAAACAGAAUGCUGAGCAGAAACGACAGGCCAGGAUCAGGGACAUCAAAACGCUGUUUUCCUUUUAGGCCAUCAUUGAUUGUCUUGACAGUUUAUUGUCCUGUGCAAGAAACGAAGGGAACAUGAACACAAGUAGAAGUGUUUUUUAACCUUGAAAGUAGACCGUCGUUCUAGAGAACUGGUUCAAGUUCUCUGGGAUAGUCUUAGAGAACUCUUAGUCUGAAAUGACCAACCAGCCAAUUUACUCUGCAUAAAUACUCAUUAUUAUUUUAUUAGGGUGUGUAUUUGACGUGGAAAUACCUUGUGCUUUUUAUAGUGUGAAAUAUUAAUUAUUUAAUAGAAAGUGGCAAUUCAGCAUUGCAGUAAUUUUAAAUGGAAAGUUAGUCAGUUAUUUGCUGUUAAUAAUAAUAAUGAUAACUAAAAAUUGAUUCAAUUAGAUAUCAGUGAUGAAUACUUUAAAAUUACUUAUUAUAUUUUACAUGUUAACUUGUAGUUUUCCAACUGGUUGCUGUUUUACACCAUGCUUAUAGUUACAAAACUGCUGGUUUGUGAAAUUUGAGUAUUACACACAGCUAUAAUGACUGUAACUUUCUUAUUUCAUCUUCAUGUUGCUUUUGGUAUUUAUCAGCUUUGUAUAGUUCAGUAACUGUAAUAGUUGAUAAAUUUUUAAUUAUUUAAAACUGACAUAUGGAAUGGUUUGUGGUAAUCAUAUAUACAUGUAAAGGGUUUCCAAAUGUGACUUGAUUUUCCGCUACUGUUUUUUCUUCAACAUACUAAUUUUGAAUAUUAGCCACUGAUAUUUGUUGGAAAUUAAUAGCAUUAGUAUGAUUCCAAUGAUAAAUGAAGAGCAUUCCAAUGGUUAUAUUAUAGAUGGUAUACCUUGAUAUAUCAGCAGAGUGGACUGUUUUCUAGACAAAAUACAUUCAAAGAUAUAUAGUCACAGUAAGGACUUUGUCGAGGAAACAACUGCAAUGAGAUACCUGGCACUAAAUACAGCUUUUUGUUGCAGGCCUACUUUGCGAUGUAUGGCUGUGUUUAGGGUGCUCUGUGGUUUCGGGGAAAUCUACCCUUACCUUUUAUCUUUUAAUCAGACUAUAUAGUAUUACAUACUUGCCAGAGAACUGAUUGGCCGUUUCAGACUUUUCUUGCCACUAAAUAUGUGUUCAGCCAUAGCAGUAUUACUUUAACUUUGUUGAAAUAUUUUAUGAUGCACUUUUUAUGUUUACUGUUGUUUUUCAUGUAACCUGUUAUAUAUAUUACAUUGACCUUCUUUGUUUAUGUAGUGCUUUAGUGUAGCUUAGUUGUACAGGCAUUUAGUUUCUUUUCUUACUUUUAUUUUUGUGCAUAUUUCAUCACAUACUUAUUGAAUCAAAGGAGCAUACCCAUAAAUGAUGUCAAACUAAAAACUAAAUAAUAGAAUAUUUAUUUAUAAGUAUUAUAACUUACUCUUACUUUAUAUGUUUAGGCUAUGCAUUCCAGUCUGUUUGAUUUCAAAAUUGACACAAAUUAUGAGCAUGAAUAGACGAUGUGUCAUGCGCAACAACCAGGUCCCUAGGUCUAAGGUCAAGGUCACACUUGGAGGCCAAAGGUCACAUACAAGAAUGAGUUUGUCUUGAGCAUUUCUUCUUCAUGCAUGGAGGGAUUUUGAUGUAAGUUGCCUCAUUUCUAUACCCUCAUGAGAUGGAAUGUCAUGCUCAAGAACCAGGUCCCUAGUUUAGAAUUACUUCCCUUUGUUGUUACUAUAAAUAGCUUAUAUUGUAACUUUUUUAUUACUGGUCAUAGGGAAAAAACAAGACCACUUUUCUGUAGUACAACAUGCAUGUUACAUCCAAUUUUGAGAAUUAUUUAACCUAUCACUAUCUGGUAAGGAUUUUUGUGUGGAUUUAGGAUUUUUUUUAAGAUUAUCUUCCAUUAGUUGUUACUAUAAAUAACUUAUGCCUGUGACCUUUUUCAUGUUGCAGGGGCAUCCGUGUCUGUGGCACAUUUCUAUUUUGAGAAUGAAACAGAUCGAAAAAAAAAAAAAAUUCAAGUACCUCUAAUUUUUGGAACAUGCUGAAUUACUUGGUAUUGAUGUGGUUUAUAAUAUUGUAAGCUAAAUCAUAUAACUGGUGAGAAAGAUGUAGAUAAUAUUAUUAUGUGUUUUUCUAAGAUGACCAAAAAGAUUAUUUUUACAAUAUUUUCUGUGACAUGCUUGUUCACUGUACCGGUUUCAGUCCAGAUAUUUGCCCACCAUGUCAUAUAUUAUAUUCUGUCUUUCGACAUUCCUUAAAAUUACUUGAUGUUGAUGUGGUUUAAAAUAUUGUAAGCUAACUCAGGUAAUUGGUGAGAAAGAUGUAGAUAAUAUUAUUAUGUGUUUUUCUAAGAUGACCAAAAAGAUUAUUUUACAGUAUUUCCUAUGACAUGCUUGUUCACUUAACCAGCUUCAGUUCAGGUAUUUGCCCACCAUUCCAAAUAUUAGAUUCUGUCUUUGGACAUUCCUUAAAUCAGGGUACAUACAGACCUUGAAAAGUUCAUGAAUUUCAUUCCAGUCUUUGAAAAGUAGUUGAAAAUUUAUGAAAUAUCCUUGAAUUUUUAGCUCACCUGAGCCAAAGGCUCAUGGUGAGCUGUUGUGACCGCCCAAUAUCCGUCGUGCAUCGCCAGUUGUGUGUCCGUCAUUUUCUAAAAAAAUCUUGAAAACCACUGGGCAGAAUUACACCAAUCUUCACAGGGAUGAUCCUUGGGUGGCCCCCUUUCAAAAUUGUUCAAAGAAUUGAAUUCCAUGCAGAACUCAAAAGGAAAAACUUUAAAAAUCUUCUUGUCCAAAACUGCAAGGCGUAGAGCCUUGAUAUUUGGCAUGUGACAUCAUCUAAUGGUCCUCUAUGAAGAUUGUUCAAAUUGUGCCCCUGGGGUGAAAAGAGGUCCCACCCGGGGGGCACAAGUUUUACAUAGUGUAAUAGGAGCGGAAAAAUGUGCAGCCCGAUACAGGACUCGAGCCUGCGACCUUCUGCUUGCAAGUCAGAUGCUCUACCAACUGAGCUAAUCGGACAAUUGAUAUCAUAGACUAAUUAUAUACAUUAUAUACACACUGCUACAUUCCUCCCUCCUUUUUUUUCAAAGACAAACUCAGGUUCUUUUGACUAACCCAGCCAUUGCUUCACCAUAGCUCUAGGAUUCCAAGGCUAGUCACCACACUCACGGCACCAAUGUAAUAGGAGCGGAAAAAUGUGCAGCCCGAUACAGGACUCGAACCUGCGACCUUCUGCUUGCAAGUCAGAUGCUCUACCAACUGAGCUAAUCGGACAAUUGAUAUCAUAGACUAAUUAUAUACAUUAUAUACACACUGCUACAAUAGACUUAUAUAGGAAAAAACUUCAAAAAUCUUCUUGUCUAAACCCACAAGACCUAGGCCUUUGAUAUUUGGUAUGUAGCAUUGCCUUGUGGUCCUCUACCAAAAUUGUUUUAAUUAUGACCUUGGAGUUAAAAAGAGGCCCUGCCAUGGGGGGUCUCAAGUUUUACAUAGGCUUAUAUAGGAAAAAACUUUAAAAAUCUUCCUGCCUGAAAUUGCAAGGCCUAGGCUUUUGAUAUUUGUUAUGUUGCAUUGCCUAGUGGUCCUCUACCAAAAUUUUUCAAAUUAUGUCCCUGGGAUGAAAAGAGGCCCAGCCCUGGGGGUCCCAGUUUUUACAUAGACUCAUAUAGGAAAAAACUAAAAAAAAUCUUCUUAUCCGACAGUUCAAGGCCUAGGCCUUUGAUAUUUGGUUUGUAGCAUUGCCUAGUGGUCCUCUACCAAAAUUGUUCAAAAUUAUACCCCUGGGAUGAAGAGAAGCCCCACCCAGGGGGUCACUUUUUAUAUGAGUUGUAUAGGAAUGAAUAGUUCAAAAAUUAUCAGAACAUAUUUCCUAGACUGUUUAAUUGUAAUUACCUGAUGACCCCAAGCGAUAAGGGGUCACUUGACUGUAACCUUGACCUACUGACCUACUUCCUUGUUUUUUAAGAUACAGCCUUGAAAUUUGGAUAACAUGUACAGUUUUGCACAUUGAUCUUAAAACUGACUUUCAGUGACCAUGAAUUGACCUACUGACCUACGUUCUAAUAUUUAAACAUCAGUUUGCCAUUUUAAACAUGUGGCUCAUAUUACUCAGGUGAGCGAUUCAGGGUCAUCAUGGCCCUCUUGUUUUAUGGAAGUUCUGUGUAAAAUAUGUUUAAAUGUUUGAUGAGUUUGACCAAUAAUAUUUUAGUUUGUUUAGUUUAGUUUUAUUUGCAGCGUAUUGUAGACUCACUAAUUCCCUUUUAUAAUGUAACAAAUGUGCUCUCUAGUCAAGAGAAAAGUUCUACUUUUAUUAUGUUUUAUUUUAUAGUGUUGAUGUAAUAUAGUUGUUUUGUUAAAAUGUGCUACCUGGUGCUAUUUGAAAAGCAGUUCCUUAAUUGCUUUAAAUGUUUAGGAUUUUGCUUUUAUUGACGGGAUAAAAUUUUAACUGUACUUGGGAUUUCGCCAAGUUUUCCUAAGAAAUUGGUUUGAAAUUUAAGAUUUUAAAGACAGGGUAUGUUUGAAUUGCAGCAAAUGUUUUUAUUCAUAGUAAAGCAGAUAUAUAUAUAAUUAAGCUGCAAUUUAGCAGAAAAUUUUGAAGUCAUAGAAGCAAUACAUGCAUUUAUUAAAACAAAUUAUUGAAGUCUUCCUAGUUUUGGUCCAGAAUUGUUGAACCUAAUUUGAACUUUACUGAUAUAAUAAAAGUUAAGCCGUAAGAAACUCUGUCACUCAUAAUUGGCUUAAUUAAUUAAAUGUUGAACCAUUGAGCAAGUUCUAGAUCAAAUAAAUGGGCAAAUUUUUGGCACAAUAAAAUGGUAAUAAUAUGC